AUGCUCUAUAUUGCCUACCUUGCUAUUUAUUUAGAUCAAGUGUUGGUAAAAAAGGUAGAGGAGAAGCUUUCAUUAGUCAAGGUGUUAAAUGUUGGAAUAGGACAAAAGGCUUUGGAUGAUGGUGGACCAAAUAGUUCUCACAAUGUGGCUGCCAGGACAGGUGAAGAUUUGUUGAAACAAUCACAGAGCAUUUUGAGUGUCUUAAUAAGGCAAUCAGAUAAAGCCAAAAGUGAGUAUCAAACACGUUUGCAAGCCUCGAUUACUACAAAUAAGGUUCUUCUACGACAAGGAGUGUCAUUUCGUGGGCAUGAUGAAAGUGAAUUCUCGGAAAACAGAGGAAACUUUCUUGAAUUUUUGGAAGUUAUUGCUAAUGAGAAUCCGGAUGUGCGCAGUGUUGUGUUGGAAAAUGCUCCAAAAAAUCAUCAAUUGACAUCUCUAAAGAUUCAAAAAGAUAUUGUUCGUGCAAUAGCAUCUCUAACAACAAAGGAGAUUAUCAAAGAUUUUGGAGAUGCAUUUUUUUUUGCAUAUUGGUGGAUGAAUCUCAUGAUGUAUCAACCAAAGAGCAGAUGGCUGUUGCUAUACGUUAUGUGGAUAAAAAAGGUUGUAUUAUAG